AUGAGCAAGGCCAAGGCCAAGGGCGGCGGGCAGAAGCUGUCGGACAAAGACAUGGAGCAGCACCGCGAGUACAUGAAGAAGUACAAGAUGCAGUCGAGCGACCUGGAGAGGCACGAGAUGCGCUACAAGGACCACUACGAGCUGCUGGGCAUCCCGCGCGGCGCCAGCCACACGGAGGUGGGUCUGCCGCCGCCGAUGAAAGGGCAGGAAGCUCUUAGCCAAGGACUAACCGUCUGCUACUGUAUCCGCAAGGCCUACCGCAAGCUGGCGCUGCAGUGCCACCCGGACAGGAAACCGUCGGCCGAGGCGCUGGCCCGCUGGGAGGGCGUGCCGGCGGCCUACGCGGUGCUGUCCGACCCAAACGACCGCACCGAGUACGACGCCACGCUGCCGACGCGCGACGCCCUCGUGGAGUUCUACCGCGCCUACAACCCGGCCAAGCUGGACAACGACACCAUCCAGACCAUCAUAGACGGCUGGUACGGCCGAGAAGUGGAGCUCUUCGAGAUGCUCAACGCCAAGUAUGAGGUGGCGCCGCACCAAGGCACGACCAAGAGCGCGCAGCGGGCGGCCGCCAUGGCGGUAUCGCGCGAGAAGGCGCACAAAAUCGCGAUGGACAGCCAGACGUACAAGUCCAAGGACGCCGCGAACGCCGAGAUCACGUGGACGGGCACCAUCGGAUCAGCCUUCUGCUGCAAGGGCGCCUUCUCGCGCAUGUUCAGCACGACCUACUACGAGGUGGACACGACCAGCCCGGGCUUCUUGGGCUCCCAUGGCGCCUCGGACACGCCCGGCCAGGCCAUGCCCAUGAACCUCGAAUCGCCUGCGACGCCCUCGCAACUGUCGGAGCCUGUGAGCCCGGAGUUUGACCCGCCCGUUGACACGGAGAACAUGUCGAAUGCGACCACCGUCGACGGAUCGCCGCCCAGUGGAGACGAGAGCUGUGCCAGAACAGGCAACGUGUAUGGCAUUUCACCGCCAGCCCCGCGGGCAGCACAGCCGAACGCUGCGGCAGCUAGCUAA